AUGCAACACUCGCCUACAGGCGGUCUUGAGGCCCUUGCUGGUCUCAUCCCUGUCCACCUCAUGCUGAAGAAGUUGGCAACACGUGCAGUGUAUCAUGUCGCUACCCUCUCAGACACUCAUCCUCUUUGCUCCAUGAUGGGCAAGAGACUCCUUAAGCGGGCUGAACCUCACACCCGCUCUGCCGCCUUGAUGACCCCAGCUAUGCGAGGGAAAGUCAAGAGCACUGUCAUGGAGGUGGAUGAGUGCGUCCACACCUUAACUGAGAGCCUUGAGCCCUUUGCACCUGGAGCUCAAUCUGGCAAUCAGUUACUGGACCACUAUGCGGAACGUCUCCAUUUUGACGAGCAUGAUCCUACCCAGGAUAGGCGCCCAUAUCUUGACAAGCUCAUUGCAAAUGCGAGGACUGACCCUUUCACAGUACUGGCUGCAGCUGAUGGCUCUGUCCCUCAGUCUAACCAGUAUCAGGUGACUUCGGCUGCUAUCAUCUACAAGGGACAUCGUGAGCUCAAAAGGACUUGCUAUGUCUCUGGCAGGGUUACUGCUCCAGAUGUGGAACUUAAUGCCAUUGUGUGCGCAGUUUGCCUUGCUGUCAAGCAGGAAAACUGCCAACAUAUUAUGGUCUUUACUGACUCUAUGGGCUCAGCCCAUAAAGCAGUUGACCCCUCCAUACAUUCUGGUCAGGCUUUUAGUCUGUCAGUCUGUCACGCUCUCUGA